GGCCCCGGGGGCGCGGCCGCCGGUUUCCGUGUGCCCCGGGAGGGCUCCGGGCCGCGAGCCGCCGCCGAAAGGCUUUUGACAAAAAAAAACUCUUGACCACCAAGGCCAGCCUCUUCCUGAAAGCCCCGCUCGCUCGGAUACAGGAAGUAGCAGGGAGCGGGCGCCCAGAGCGCGGCGGCUUCCACUCGGCGCGCGGCUGCGGCGGCGCCCGCCGGCCCUUCCCGAGGGCGGCGCUGGGGCAUGCGGGCGCCCGGGCCACCGCGGCCCGCGCCGCCCGGCGCCUGAGCCUCCGCUCCGGUCUGCGAGCUGCCGGCGGCAUGAGCCGUCGCGCCGGGGCGCUGGCGCGCGAGGACCCCGCGGGUCCUGGUCCAGAGGUUGAUAAAAGAGAGGAAGAGGAGGAGGAAGAUGGCAUGGGGCCUUGUCCGCCAGUCACCCCGAAGAACUGCCUUGCUCCCCGGGGCAUCAGCGUCCUGGAGAAACUCGUCAAAACGUGCCCGGUGUGGCUGCAGCUGGGCCUGGGCCGGGCGGAGGCGGCCAGGAUCCUGCACCGGGAGGCGACCGGGACCUUCCUGGUGCGCAGGGACAGCUGCUCAAAGCACCUGGUGCUUUGUGUCCAUUUCCCUUCCUUGAACGGGAGUUCGUCCGAGGUGCUCGAGUACACCAUCAAAGAAGAGAAAUCGAUAUUGUACCUGGAAGGCUCGGUUCUUGUGUUUGAGGACAUCUUCAGACUGAUCGCGUUCUACUGUGUCAGUAGAGAUUUACUGCCCUUCACGCUGAGGCUGCCGCAGGCCAUCCUUGAGGCCAGCAGCUUCACAGACCUCAAGACCAUCGCCAACCUGGGCCUGGGCUUCUGGGACUCCUCGCUGAACCCCCGGCGAGCAGCUGGCAGCCCAGCAGAACCCCCAAGAGACCCAGCCCCCAGGGCGCCCCCCGCCUCCAGCGUCAGGUCCACUUCCCACCAGGAAAACUGUGCGUGUGAAAUUGAGCUCUCCGCAGGAAAUGACCGCCUGUGGUUUGUGAACCCGAUCUUCAUCGAGGACUGUGGCAGCGCCCUGCCUGCCGACCUGUCACCCCUGAGAAGCUGCCCCUCUGGCCCGUUGCCUCCCACCUCUGACUCUACCUCACCCACCUCCCGGUGGGCCCCUCGCCGCCCGGCGCCCCCGCCCCCAGCACCACCUCUCCACCCCCUCAGUCCUGCCCGGCCUCUUCCACCCCCUGCCCCAGCUCCGGCCUGUCCUUUGCCCAGUUCUCCCCCACCUCCAGACGCCCUUCCUCCUGCAUCCCCAGCAUCUGUCCCCCACCUGGCACCCCAUGCCAGAGGCCCCCCGGACCAUCCAAGCCAGCUACCCAUGACAGCCUGUGAGAGGCCCCCAGGCCCUCCCACAGGCCUGGGCCCCCUCAGAGAGGAAGAGAAGAAGCCAGGGGUGGCCCCCAGCCCCUUGCAGCAGGCCCCCGCCCCUCCGGGGCCAGGGAAGAAGGGCGCCCCUGCUGCUCCUCCCAGACGCCGCCUCUCUGAGAAGGUCUCCCUGGAGGACCCGAAUGUGGAGAAGGUGGACAGGGGCACAACGGCACAGUGGGACCAGCCGGGUCUUUCCCGGCCACCCUCACUCGCCCUGCCUCCCCAGGGGACCUCAGACAGUCCUGGGGACAGGCCUCAGAGGACCACAGAGCAAGGACAGGAAGUAGUGGCCCAAGCCAGCCAGCUGGGCAUCCUGCCAGAGUCGGCAAGGAAGAUCCGGCAACCCCCAGUCCCCCCUCCUAGGAAGAAGCGGAUUUCCCGGCAACUGGCCUCAGUCCUCCCAAGCCCCUUGGAGAGCGCCGAGCUCUCCACGGAGGAGGUAGCCCCUGAGAAGCCCAGCCCUGGCCCACCCGAAGAAGGACAACGCCCUGCCUCCCAAGCUGGGACCCAGAGCCCAGAAGCCCAGGCCAGCGUCUGGCGCCAGAGCGCCCCAGAGUUCAAGGGCUCCCUGGCCUCCCUCUCAGACAGUACGGGGGUGCACACCCCGGCCACCGAUCAAGACUCCUACUCGACCAGCAGCACGGAGGAGGAGCUGGAGCAGUUCAGCAGCCCCUGCGUGAAGAAGAAGCCGUCCAUGAUCCUGGGCAAGGCACGGCACCGGCUGAGCCUCGCGAGCUUCACCAGCGUCUUCCAGGCCUUCCUCUCCAGUGACCGCAAGCUGUACAAGAAGGUGGUGGAGCUGGCCCAGGACAAGGCCUCGUACUUCGGCAACCUGGUGCAGGACUACAAGGUGUACAGCCUGGAGAUGAUGGCGCGCCAGGCCUCCAGCACCGAGAUGCUGCAGGAGAUCCGCACCAUGAUGACCCAGCUCAAGAGCUACCUGCUGCAGAGCACCGAGCUCAAGGCGCUGGGGGACCACACCCAGUACUCCGAGGAGGAGCUGGAAGCGAUUGUGGAGUCCGCCUUGUACAAGUGUGUGCUGAAGCCCCUGAAAGAAGCCAUCAACUCGUGCCUUCAUGAGAUCCACAGCAAGGACGGCUCCCUGCAGCAGCUCAAGGAGAACCAGCUGGUGAUCCUGGCCACCACCACCACCGACCUGGGCGUGACCACCAGCGUGCCCGAGGUGCCCGUCAUGGAGAAGAUCCUGCAGAAGUUCAGCAGCAUGCACAAGGCCUACUCGCCCGAGAAGAAGAUCGCCAUCCUGCUCAAGACCUGCAAGCUCAUCUAUGACUCCAUGGCCCUCGGCAACCCAGGGAAGCCCUACGGGGCAGACGACUUCCUGCCCGUGCUCAUGUACGUGCUGGCCCGCAGCAACCUCACGGAGAUGCUUCUCAACGUGGAGUACAUGAUGGAGCUCAUGGACCCCGCCCUGCAGCUGGGGGAGGGUUCCUACUAUCUGACCACCACCUACGGGGCCCUGGAGCACAUCAAGAACUACGACAAGAUCACGGUGACCAGGCAGCUGAGCGUGGAGGUGCAGGACUCCAUCCACCGCUGGGAGCGCCGGCGCACGCUCAACAAGGCCCGCGCCUCCCGCUCCUCCGUGCAGGACUUCAUCUGCGUGUCGUACCUGGAGCCGGAGCAGCAGUCGCGGACACUGGCGUCGCGGGCGGACACGCUGGCCACGGCGCUGUGCGCUCAGUGCGCCGAGAAGUUCGAGGUGCUGCAGCCCCAGGACCACCGGCUCUUCGUGCUGGUCGACGGCCGCUGCUUCCAGCUGGCGGACGAGGCGCUGCCGCACCACAUCAAGGGCUACCUGCUGCGGAGCGAGCCCAAGCGCGACUUCCACUUCGUGUACCGGCCCCUGGACGGCGGGGGCAGCGGGGACCCGCCCUGCCUCGUGGUGCGGGAGCCCAACUUCCUGUGAGGCCAGGGCCACCGCAGCCCCCUCGAAGGCAGUGUUUACCGAGACUGGCUGGGCGGAGAAGCGGGCAGACCGGGGUCACACUCGCUCCCCCCUCCCCCCCAUGCUCACACUCAGCUGUACCUCAUACAGGCAGGAGGCCCCCCC